AUGAUUAUUAUUAUUAUUAUUAUAUAAUGUAUUAAAUGUCGACAUUUAGUGUCAAAUCAAUUAUUAUUAGUUUUUUUUGCCAAUUGAUUGUUUGAAUCGCGACCUGUAUUUUACCGAAUUGUGUGUUUGGCCAGAGUGUGACCAGAGCCGUGAGUGUGUGUGUGUGUGUAUGUUAUAGGAGGACAUCAUUAUAACCAUAUAAAUGAUGGGCAUCUUCGGUAGCGCCACUAUCUUCGACCCGUUAGUCGAACGGGUAACCUCGGAGACCAACACAAGCGACGAUUGGGCAUUGAUUAUGGAAAUAUGCGACCGAAUCGGUACCGAUCCGAACGGUCCGAAAGAUUGUAUGCGAGCUAUUGUCCGCCGACUGAAUCAUUCGUUGCCUUCGGUUGUCAUGCAAUCGCUUACUUUAUUGGACGCCUGUGUUAGCAAUUGUGGCAAAAUAUUUCAUUUAGAGGUGUGUUCCCGUGAUUUUGAGUCCGAAAUACGUAAACUAUUGCAAAAAUCUCAUCCAAAAGUGUGCGAAAAGUUGCGAUUGUUGAUCAAAAAGUGGGCCCAAACUGAGUUCAAAAACGAUCCGCAACUAAGUCUAAUACCAGCCCUUUAUCAUAAGCUGAAGAGCGAAGGAAUGGAUUUUACGUCAUCCGAGCCGAUCAAGAGGUCGUCGCUAGCGUUGCAACAGUUGCCUAAAAAUCCUGAUGUAGUUACCACUUCGCAGGAAGAAGAAGACAUAGCAAAAGCUAUCGAAGCCAGUCUGAAGGAGUCGGGCGGCGGCGGCGCCGGCAGUGGUUCGCCAAAAACGCCGUCCUCUUUGAGUAAAUCCAAUAAUAAUAAUAAUAAUUCAAACAAUACUAGAGUCGUCAGUAGUAGUCUAUAUCCGUCAUUCAAUUCGGACAUAACAACUAAUCCGAUAAACAAUAGUUCGUCGACUACGACAACCACUACCAACACUACCGGUAAUAAUAAUAAUACCACUAAUGGUGUCGAAAAAGAGUUGACAAAAGUCAGGGCACUCUAUGAUUUUGAGGCCGUAGAGGACAAUGAGCUAACAUUUAAAGCUGGAGAAGUGAUAUUAGUUUUGGAUAAUGGUGAUGCCAAUUGGUGGAAAGGAUCUAACCAUCGAGGAGAAGGUCUAUUUCCAUCAAACUUUGUGACACUUGAUUUGGAGGCCGAACCCGAACCCAGUUAUAAACCAAACGAAAAGAAAGUACAAUUCAGUGAAGAGAUUAAAGUAAAAGUUGUCGAAGAAAAAGAAUCGGAACCGGAGAUCGAUGAAGAAAAGAUCGACCGAUUGCUUCAUCUGAUACACGACGCCGAUCCCAAUGGAGACAAAUCGGAUUCCGAAGAACUUCUAGUACUCGAAGAACAAUGUACGGCAAUGACACCGCUUAUCGAUCAAGAGCUACAACUAGUGGACAAAAAACACGCGGCACUGACCGCCGCCAACAUUCAGCUCAAUUCGGCACUCAAUUUGUAUCAUUCGCUGAUGAAGGAAAACUUUGCAAUGAUGGCGGCGGCGGCGGCGACUGCCAAUCCAUACUACGGAGGAGUAGGAGGAGGAAUGCCUGUAGGCUUUCCAUCGCAACCAUUUCCGCCUACCUAUGCUGGUGUCGUCAAUCAACAACAACAGCAACAACAACAAUACAGUGCAAUUCCGCCACAGACUACUACACAAACAAAUCAAUUAUACACUCAUCCGACACAACAUCAGCAACAGAUGCCGAUUGUCUCGCAGCAGAUGCCUAUGAUGUCACCGCCACCAUCACAACAACAACAGCAGCAAAUGGCACAGCAUUUACAACAACAACAACAACAACCUCAGCUAUCGAGUGGCUAUCAUCAGUCGCCGGCGGCUACGGGACCACCGCCACCACAACAACAACAACACUAUCAACAGCAGUCAAUGGCGCCACCGAUUAUGUCUACACCACUACCACUAUCGCAACAGUUGCAGAACCAGAAUGUCGGUGGCGGCGGUAUGGUUACCGCCGAUGCAAUGAUGAACAAUAACAACUAUUCGCAGCCAUAUGUUGUCAAUACUACUAGUGCUAUGGCCGGACAUCCGACUUCAAUUGUUCCCAACAAUUAUCUGUCUUAUUCACCGCAAUUUCAACAACAAAAUGCUUUAAAUUGAAUUUAUUUUUAUUUUAUUUAUAUUUUUUUUUGAAAAACAAUUGCAAACAACACUUUACCACACAAUAUAUUAUUAGACACAAAGUUAUUGAAUGAGUGUGUAU